AGAAGAGGGGAAGUGACGGCAAGCUUGGCUCUGUUAGUGAUUACUGUGUUCACCAUUGUGUUUGUCCUGUUGUUGUGGUCAGAUACCAGUGGUGGUCUUGCUCCUCCUGGGAAUCUUGGAGGUACCAGGGAAGCUAUUGUGACUGUUAAAUCACGUACAGAUGAUGGAGAUGAUGAGGCUAAAACGAUCUACUCAUCAUGAACACAUCAAAGGAUGGAGACUCUAACGCGACCAAAUCUCAGGUUAAGGAAAAGGAUGAAGAUGAAGAAAUGGGUUCGGGAAAUGAUGAUGAUUUCGGAGAGAUGUACGAGUCUGCACAAAAAUUAAAUGAUUUAGUGCAGUCUACUGAUUUUUUAACAAAAUCAGAUUUGAAGAAAUUCGCAUCAAACCCAACUCGGUCUUUUACUCGCAAGGAAGAAGAAGAAGAAGAAGAAGAAGAAGAAGAAGAAGAAGAAGAUGGAGAAUUUGUUUCGCUUACAGAUGCAACCGUUAGUACACGAGACAUCAAUGCUAAAGAAAAAGAUAUUAUAAAGUUCUUUAAAGAUAAAUGCCAGAUCAAAGUUCUUGUGGUUGGUGUAAGACGUAAUACUGACGAUGAAGGCGAGUUGAUUGGGUAUGAUGCUCGUAUCAAGUUCCCCUCUAUUGAAAAGUUAAAAGAAGGCUUAAAGUUUAAUGGAGAAAUAAUGGGCGAAGAGCCUUUGUUCAUAUGUAGAACAGCUGGCAGGUUACAUGUUCUUUGCAUAUCUGGAUUCAAACGCCGUAAGCCUGAAGAAGUUGUUAAGAAACAGAUAGAGGAGAAAUUCAAAGAAUGUAAUCUUGAGAAUGUAAUCUUGCCGAAAAAUGAGGAAACCGGUCGUUUAUUAGGUAGGUUUGGUUACAUAGUUAUGGAGGUGGAAGGGGCACGCAAGGCAAUAGAGAUGAAUUCAACUUCCUUGGGAACACGAACGAUUACUGUUGAGAAGAUUGAUCCAACAAGUGGACUUAAGGCUUUAAUAAGGUCUGACCAUUAGAUUUUUCUCAAUUUAUUAUUAUGUUAAUGGUACUAGUAUUAGUGUCGGUGAGUUGUUGUUCACCUGAUUGAUCUUUUUGAUCUAUAAUUUAAAAUACUCUUUAUCUUGUUUUUUGCUUUCUUCUGGUGGUUAAGUUGAAAUAGUCGAACCUUUUUCUUUCAGGGUUUUCCACAUUUUCAAUCUUUGGUCAGUUGAUUUUGAUGUGUCGUCAUAUUUAGAAGAAAAAAAUAUAAACAUUUCCUUAUCA